AUGGCUGGGAGCAACCCCGCAAUCUAUGAGGUUCGAAGAGCUUCAGCCGCUUCAAUCAGUGGCUACGAAGUUGGUCCUAGCCUCGAUCGAGUAUUGCAUCUAGAACAGCCAGAAAAUCGAGUCGAUGUACGCUCCGUCAGCUGGAAAAUGCAUUCAAUCCUCCAUGGCCGAAUAGGUUCCGGCAGCCGUGACCUCGCUUCGCUCCUCAUGAUGGAGGUACAUGCACCUCCAGAGGGAAUUCAACAUGUGCAGUUCAGCAUGCGGUUCACUGCUAUUGACUCUGUCGAACCUUGCCCUGAAGUUGUGGAUAUUCUGCACGAUCGGACACAUUUUGGCCACAUUCAUGGCUCCACACAGUCAUCUCACAAAGCUGGCAGAUCGAAAGGUCUUGUUAUGUGGGAGACUGACGGCGAUGCUGUACCACGACUGUUCAGACCUGCGGUGCUUAUACGAAGACAGAACAAUACACCCUUUCAAGCAAUAUGCGACGUUACAAUAACAGUGGCCAAAGGGUUUACUGGCAAGAGCUUCACGGAUGAUCCAAUAAUUUUUGAUCCAGCUACAGCCGCGCCUGUUGAGUGGUCUGUUGCUGCUGAAAAUCUACAAGAGUUCAUGAAAGAUUUGAAAUUGGCCGGGCAGAGUUCUGCUGCCGCUCUGAUGAGCAUGAGUGAAGAGGGCCGGCACUGUCUUGUUUCGCUCUCCGCUUUCCAGCAGCAGAACUUGUAUCUAUAUAAUCUCACAAGGGAUUUGACUCCAGAAGCCAUCCAAGCGGCCCAGGCUGAUAUCACAAAAUGGCUUGACGAGCAGGAUCAGCCGCGUGUUCUCUGGAUACACGGCCCACCUGGAAGUGGCAAAACGACACUCGUGGCGUCCCUUGUGCAGAAAAUGCAAAACGCAGUAAAAGAUGAGGAAACGCAGAAGAUCAAGUCAUUGGCGUACCACUUUCCCAGCUUUCAGGAACAUGGCACUAAACGCGCAUCAGUAGUUCUCGGGUCCCUGAUCCAUCAAAUUGUGUUACAGCAGCCUGACCUAGUGAAGCACGUGAUACAAUGGUAUCAAGAAUCCGGGGCGAAUGACAAAUUCUUCAACGACCACAACCUGCUCUGGCGCUCAGUCCAGCAGAUUAUAGAGGAUCCAGAGGUUGAGCCAAUACUGUUCAUCAUAGAUGCACUAGAUGAGUGUGAUGAGGCACUACUUGACAUUACAAGAAGUCUCAACUCUUCGCAAACUCUCGGCGAAACGGAAUCUCACAAGAUAUCAUCUCGGAGGGACAAGUGGAUGAUCAUAAGUCGCGACCAGCAAGCCAUAGAAGAUGCGCUCUCUGGUUGCUUCGAUUUGGAUAUUAGCACCAGAUCGCAAAGCGACAUCGAAGUGUUUAUCGCUAGACGUGUUCGUCGUUUACACCUGGAUGAGGAUACGAAAGUCUCUUUGGUAAGGAAUCUAGUUCAAAGAGCAAAUGGAUCUUUCAUAUUGCCCAGCCUUACUCUCAACUCUUUGGAGAAUGCUACAACUUCACAAGUUCGCGGGAUGCUAGACACUGCACCAUUGAGCCGCUCGACCAUUGUUGACCAACUGCUGGGCCAGUUGUUGGGUAGUCCGCAAGCAGAUCUUCAGAAGAUGGUGCAAUACAUCCUGACAUUAGUAGCGAUAUCCUUUUCUCCCUUGACGCUAUCGACAUUGUCAAUCCUCCUCGAAGACAUCUAUGAGCUGAAAAUCAGUCAAGACAGGUACAAGUCGAUGAUGGAUGAAGCAUGUCAGCUCCUCGUUGAACGCUCCUUAGUUCGACUCGACCAUGGCAUUGUCCUUGUUAACCAAAACAUCCGAGAACCACUGUUUUCGUCCGUGAACAUGGCUAAUAUCCACCAAGGAAACACACCCGACAUGCACAAGAGUAUUUCUACUCGAUGUCUCGCCUAUAUUUGUCACACCUUGGCAGAGGAGAGCAAGACCCCCAGUGGAAACUCAGAUCUUCUACAGUACCCAACAUUGUAUUGGAUGAGACACGGCAGCGUUUCGUCACAAACCGUACAGGAUGUCCACGAUAUAUUUGCUGAAAACCCUUUCUUCAAGAAGAAUAGUACAAUCAGGAGCAUGUGGUUCACAAAGUAUUGGAUGAUCAAAUAUGGCUUGGCAGAAACACAGCCUGACAAUUUCACGAUGAUGCACAUGGCUGCAGAAGCAGGGUAUCUUCAGCUUGUUAAAGUACUUAUUGAAACCGGAUACAAACCCGAUGUUAAUGCCAGGGAUGGAUCAGAAAGAACUCCCCUGCACUGGGCGGCAACCCACGGAUACUGUGAGGUUGCACGACUCCUCCUCGAUAAUGGGGCAGAUGUCAAUGUUAGAUCGGCUGAUCAAUCGUCUGUUCUACAUCUUGCUAUCCAGGCUGGAUGGAGGGAUAUGGUACAAUUGCUUCUGGAAAAGGGCGCCUCUUUCGAGACAGAAAUGCUAAGGGGAGCUCGCCCGGAAUUAAAGCAGCUCUUGCAGAGUCACGUGCAACUUAUGUACAAGCCUUUACCAGAGAGCAAGCGAGUUGACAACAGAUUUUGGGGAAGAAUCGUCGAGAUUGGACCAUCUCAAAAAUGCCAUUCAAAAGCCGUACGGGUUGAUGGCAUACUGAGCCCAGAUAUCAGCUUCGACGAACUUAUGCUGGACGGUAGACCUCAAGGUAUUUCGAAGGGUGGAGACAAGUUGCUGAGAUGGAUCCACCUUCCGGAAAACAAUAUGGAAUGGGUCGAGGCCUUAAUGACCAAGUGCCUUGGGUCAUCAGAAGCUACGGCGAACCUGCUGAGGUCGAAACUCUGGGGUGAUCGAGUCCGAAAUUCGGAGAAACACUUCUACAGCCGGUGCCUCCGACCAGUUUGCAGGAACUUCCCCCCCACAGUAUCACAACAAGGCAAAGUAAUGCUUGUCAUACCAUACCUGCACUGGGGAAUGGAUAAAGAACGCUUGAUGUUGAAAAAUACCAUUCAUUUGAUCAAGAAUGGUGACAACAGUUUACCAAAGUCCGAAAGUCUGAUAUAUCCCAGCGGAGACAAAUAUAGAGAACUUCUCCGAAACUAUCUGGACCGUGAGCAUCCGCUGCAUAUCAGAAGGACUUUGGAUCAAUUCUAUUACUUCAAUCUAAGUGCGGAAGAUAUGGAGCUUCGAGACAAGGACCAGACCAUAUCCAAAUAUUUCCUAGGCCAUGGCAAAAUUCACAGCCCACGCAACAUCUCGAUGGGAACAGCCCAGAGUUGCGACUAUCCCAUGUUGAUGGUUGAUCAACUAUGGUUAUGGGUUCUUAAAGAUGAUACGGUUAUUACAAGCUUCCCCCACAGGUGGGUCAACGAUGGCAGCAUCGACACGUAUAACAUGACCGACGUAGUAGCUGCGAUCGAGAGAAGGAUCAUGUCAAAGGCUUGGGAUAUCGAGAUAGAUAACGGUAUACAUCUUGCGGAGCUCAUUGCAAACGAAUGUUCCGGUAUCAUAUUCGAUCCGGCAAAACACAAAGACAAGUGGACCCAGACACAGGAAAUAUACGAGGAUGCGAUAGGAAACCUUGCUAAUCGAGAGUCAUCUCUAUUUCGGAAUUUCUCCGAUUCCCUGACGAAAGCUAGAGACCGGGGUGCUGGUGGUGGUGAAAGUGAGAGGUAUGCAAUCAAUGAGGAGAUAAAGCUCCUUGAUGAUAUCAAAGACAUUCGUGACGAGCUGAACAUGAUUCGGACGAUCUUUGAAACCCAAAUAGCUGCGGCGAGAGAUCCCUACAUGUUUCGCAUCUUUUCAAUGCUUGUUACCAACCGUCUGGGGGAUAUCGCCAGGCUUGAUCAAUUUGCAUCACGGACGCAAGAAGCACUCUCCCAUAUUCUCGACCUCAAGCAGAAACAGACCAAUGCCGAAGAAGCGCACUUUCUGAGCGUCCAGAAUAUUGAAUCCGGCAAGCAAAGCCGAGCCAUCAUGACUUUCACCGUCGUCACAAUCAUCUUCGCACCGCUGUCGUUUCUCACGUCAUUCUUUGCAAUACAAAUUGUGGACUUUCCAACACUGACAUUGGGUUUUGUUCUCCAAUAUCUCUUUCCUCUCGGGUUCGCGGUUGUUUUCAUUUGCUGCAUACUUGCCUUCCUGAAUAUCCUCAAGGAAUGGUUUACCAAGCUGCGCGGUGCAAGGAACAAGAAACGAGUCAGCACUGACAAGGAAAAGGCUGUAUAG